GGGGGGGGCACUUAACCCAGGAAUCACGACCAACCCCGGCACACUUACGGGAGUUUCGUCGGUUGGAAGUUCGGCGUCCGGUGCACCGACCGCCGGGGGGAGAGAGACGCUAACUCACCGGAGGGGGCGGGGAGACGAGGAGAAGAAGACAGAUGGAAAGAUGGAGACCCCAGCGUGAGCAGCUCCUCUGAGGACCUCCGUCAGCGCUCCGUCAUGCCGCUGCUCGACCUGUCGGGCAACCGGCGCAUCGUCGCCGGCCUGCUGGUCAAUCUGCUCUCCUCCAUCUGCAUCGUCUUCAUCAACAAGUGGAUCUACGUCCGCUACGGCUUCCCCAACAUGGCGCUCACCCUGGUGCACUUCGUGGUCACCUGGCUGGGACUCUACUUGUGCCAGAAGAUGGACAUCUUCUCUCCCAAGAGGCUGCCGCUGCGCCGCAUCGCCUGGCUGGCGCUGAGUUUCUGCGGCUUUGUGGCCUUCACCAACCUCUCGCUGCAGAACAACUCGAUAGGGACGUACCAGCUGGCCAAGGCCAUGACCACGCCCGUCAUCAUCCUCAUCCAGACCAGCUACUACAAGAAGACCUUCUCCACCAAGAUCAAACUCACGCUGGUGCCCAUCACUCUGGGGGUGUUAUUGAACUCGUACUUCGACGUGAGGUUCAACCUGCUGGGGACCGUGUUUGCGGCGCUGGGCGUUCUGGUGACGUCUCUUUACCAGGUAUGGGGCUGAGCGAGAGAGCUCGAACCUGCGAGUGAACCCCUGCAGCUCCUGUACUAUCAGGCUCCUCUGUCCUCGGGCUUCCUCCUCUGCGUCGUUCCUCUGUUUGAGCCGCUCACUGGAGACAAAGGAAUAUUUGGACCGUGGUCACUUCCUGCUCUGGUGAUGGUGCUGUUCUCGGGCGUGGUGGCGUUCCUGGUCAACCUGUCCAUCUACUGGAUCAUCGGAAACACCUCGGCAGUCACCUACAACAUGUUCGGUCAUUUCAAAUUCUGCAUCACGCUGAUCGGAGGCUACCUGCUGUUCCACGACCCGCUGUCCCUCAACCAGGCCCUGGGGAUCCUCUGCACUCUGGCUGGUAUCCUGUCUUACACUCACUUCAAGCUGGCGGAGCAGGAGGAGGGGAAAAGCCGGCUGGCUCAGAGACCAUAGGCCGGCUCACCUGUCAAUCAACGGCACAGACCGCCGGCUGCAGAGACAACUUUAUACGUAUUUUUUUAUCUCAAUAUGAGUAUUUUUUUAAGGAGAGUACUUUUGUUCAUGGCAGCGUCUGGACGUUUCAGCUCAUCUUUCUCUUCCUGCAGCACGGAAACCUUCUGGGAAAUGAGUCAAACUCUUAAGCUUAAUGUCCUCCCGGAGGUCCGAUCAAAAGGAGGCUACAGGUUUAUGUCAUCGUUAAGUUAAGAGACAAACUCCAUUUAAAAAACAUCUCAGUCUGCAGCUGCAAGCAGAGGCCGAAGACAAAAGAGAUUUAGUCACACAGUGAUUGUAGUCCAGUGGAAAAUAGUUAAACUAAAACUAAAUAUGUCGUCUUCUCACUUUCAUCGUCCGGCCUCCGUCCACUCUGCAUGCGGGACGGGUUGAAGGAAGUCGUGUCUCUUUCUGUAGCCGAUUUGUUAUUAAAUGAAAAGUGUUUUUUUCUUUUCUAAACUUAGUUUCUUUAGGAUUUUUUAAUGACUGAUAAUGAUACACACGAACAAUCCAACUAUUUCAAGCCGACGCCUGAGAACCAAUCAAAUACUAUUUAAGUGUUUGUUAAUACACAAUUAUGAGCCUCAGUACAAAUCACAUGUCCAAUCAAAAGCUACGGACUUAAAGACCUGACGAGUUGUUGUUUUUUUUCCGUAUUGUUGAUGACGUUUUUAUUAUUUAGGACUUUACAUGUUUUCAUUUGAUGAGUGAAGACUGAACAAAAAGACCCACGAGGCGAGAAGAUGAUUUCACACCGUUUGAUCGACUUUUGUCUGUUAAGUGUAGAUGAGAAUAAAUUGAUUCCCCACGAGACUAAAGUAAUGAAGUAGUCAGAGAGCAUUAAUAUAAAUAAAGAGAACUCACUUAGAUUUUUUUGAUAUUUAUACAUUUGAUCUGAUAUUGUUUGAUCUAUAUGUAUUAUUCCUCCUCACUGUCGGUCUGCCCAGAUUUCUCUCGCCGUAAUUCACCAAAGAAAAAGUUUGCAUGAUUUAAAGAGUGAAACAAUGUCGAGUCUUUAACCAGAACUUUUUCCUGAAGGAUCAAACCGCAGAAACCAGCAUUCCUGCUUCACGAUCUUCUCACGGAUUACAUGCUUGUUUUUCUAGAUUUUUUAUGAUUUCAGUAUUCCAGUUUAUAGUUGUUUUUUGAUCUUUGUUUCAUUGAUUUAUGCUUUCCCUUAUUUGUCUUUUAUUUGUAGCAUCUUUGACAGAUAUUCUGUGUUCGGCUGAAUUGAGCUGAGAUUUACUCUCGUUUCACUUCACUGUUGAACCUUUCUCAGUCUGAUGAAUAAAAACUGAUCUAGUAACUUUA